UUCCUCCUCUUUCUCCGAACGCUUCGCCGUCUCAUUCCCUUACUCCUUCCGCGCUUUCCGCGUCAACCCACGUUAUCGUUUUGUUCAUUUCCCGCGCUCCUUUUCUCGGAUUUUCAUUUUCCCGCGCUUUGUUAAUUUCAGCAGAAGAGCAGCAUCAACAGCUGCAAUUAGCCAGUGUUUGAUUUCCAUACGCUACUUCUUCCUGUAUAAUUGAAACCCUAAUUUCAGAAAUGCAAUUCUUCCGUUAUUCUGUUUGAGCUAGAUUUUUUGUUCGCAGAACCCUAGGGACUUUCUCCCUCAGUUUUUUCAGCAUACACUGCGCUAUUCUUCAUUUCACAUGUUUUUUCAGUAUUACUUUUACAGGGGUUGAAGGAACUUUCAUGUUUCGUUUUCAGGAUGUACAUAAAGCAGGUUAUCAUCGAGGGCUUCAAGAGUUACCGAGAGCAAAUUGCUACAGAACCAUUCAGUCCAAAAGUUAAUUGUGUAGUUGGAGCAAAUGGGUCCGGGAAGACAAAUUUUUUCCAUGCAAUACGUUUUGUACUCAGCGACCUUUUCCAGAAUCUUCGCAGUGAAGAUAGACAUGCCCUUCUCCAUGAAGGCGCAGGUCACCAAGUGUUAUCUGCUUUUGUGGAGAUAGUGUUUGACAAUUCUGACAAUCGCAUCCCUGUUGACAAGGAAGAGGUGCGCUUACGGAGAACAAUUGGUCUGAAAAAGGAUGAGUAUUUUUUAGAUGGAAAGCAUAUUACGAAAACGGAGGUAAUGAAUUUACUUGAAAGUGCUGGGUUCUCUCGUUCAAAUCCUUAUUAUGUUGUUCAGCAGGGGAAGAUAGCAUCAUUGACAUUGAUGAAAGAUUCUGAGCGACUUGAUCUGCUGAAAGAAAUUGGUGGUACUCGAGUUUAUGAGGAGAGGCGCCGUGAGAGUUUGAAAAUUAUGCAAGAAACUGGUAAUAAGAGGAAACAAAUAAUUCAAGUUGUUCAGUACUUGGAUGAAAGAUUACAUGAUCUGGAGACAGAGAAAGAAGAUUUGAAAAAAUAUCAGCAGCUUGACAAGCAGAGGAGGUCUCUAGAAUAUACCAUAUAUGACAAAGAACUCCAUGAUGCUAAGCAGAAAUUAGCUGAGAUAGAAGAUGCUCGAUCCAAGGUUUCUGAGACAUCUGCCACGAUGUAUAAUAGUGUUCUAGAUGCUCAUGAGAAAUCGAAGGACCUGGAAAAGAAAUUUAAAGAUCUAACGAAAGAUAUUCAAGGUUUGAACAAAGAGAAAGAUACAAUAGAAAAGCGAAGAACAGAAGCAAUAAAGAAGCAUGCUCAGGUUGAGCUUGAUGUCAGAGACCUAGAAGAAAGAAUUUCUGCAAAUAUUCGAGCAAAGGAAGAUGCUGCACGACAGCUUGAGAUUCUCCAGAAAGAAAUUCAGGACUCCAGGGAUGAGCUGAACAAAAUUAGGCCUUUAUAUAAUGCCCAAGUGAUUGAGGAGGAGGAAAUAACGAAAGGAAUUAUGGAUCGUGAAAAACAGCUUAGCAUUCUUUACCAAAAACAAGGUCGUGCGACUCAGUUUUCUAGUAAAGCAGCCCGAGACAAAUGGCUUCAAAAGGAAAUUGAUGAUCUUGAACGAGUUCUUUCAUCAAAUUUGGUGCAGGAGAAAAAGCUUCAGGAUGAAAUCCACCAGCUUGAUGCUGAGCUUAAAGAGAAGGAAGCAUAUAUAGAGGGACGCAGAGUUGAAGCGGGAAAGCUAGAAUCCAUAAUCCUGAAGUCUCAGGAAGGUUUCAACAGUUUCAAGACACAGAGGGAUAGUCUGCAGGAUAAGCGGAAGUCCUUAUGGGAGAAGGAAAGUGAGCUUUCUGCUGAAGUUGAUAAGCUUAAAGCGGAUGUUGUAAAGGCUGAAAAGAGCCUUGAUCAUGCUACGCCUGGUGAUAUCAGAAGAGGAUUGAGUUCUGUUCGAAGGAUCAUCAGAGAUUAUAACAUUGAAGGAGUGUUUGGUCCAGUCCUUGAGUUGCUUGAUUGUGAUGAGAAGUUUUUCACAGCUGUUGAAGUUACUGCUGGAAACAGCUUAUUUCAUGUGGUGGUUGAAACAGACGAAAUAUCAACUCAGAUAAUUCGACACCUUAAUGCAUUAAAAGGGGGGCGGGUUACUUUUAUACCAUUGAACAGGGUACAAGCCCCACGUGUAACCUAUCCUCAGAGUUCUGAUGUUGUACCAUUGUUGAAGAAACUCAAAUUCUCUUCUAGGCACACUCCGGCCUUUGCACAGGUAUUUGGUAGAACAGUAAUUUGUCGAGACUUGGAUGUGGCUACAAGGGUUGCUCGUACUGAUGGUUUGGACUGCAUAACAUUGGAAGGUGAUCAAGUUAGCAAGAAAGGUGGCAUGACUGGUGGAUUUUACGAUUAUAGGCGUUCUAAACUGAAAUUUAUGAACAUAAUUAGGCAGAAUACGAAGUCUAUCAAUACAAAAGGCGAGGAACUAAAAAAGAUUAGAAUGAAUCUUGAAGGGAUAGACAAGAAAAUUACAGAGCUUGUCAGCGAACAGCAGAAAAUUGAUGCUAAGCUAGCCCAUGAUAAAUCAGAAUUGGAACAAGUCAAGCAGGAUAUUGCUAAUGCUUUUAAGCAGAAGCAAUCCAUUUCUAAAGCUCUUGAAAAGAAGGAAAAACUGCUUUCAAAUGCUCGUAGUCAAAUUGAUCAGCUUAGAGCGGGUAUGGCUAUGAAAAGGGCUGAAAUGGGAACAGAACUUAUUGAUCAUUUGACACCAGAGGAGAAAGAUCUUCUUUCACGUUUAAAUCCUGAAAUCACAGAGCUGAAAGAGAAGCUUAUUGCCUGCAAGACAGACCGAAUAGAGACUGAGACAAGAAAAGGGGAGCUUGAGACCAACCUGUCAACCAACCUUGUAAGGCGACAACAAGAGUUGGAGGCUGUAAAAUUAUCUGUAGAGAAUGACAUGUUGCCUGGGGAAGCUGAACUUAAGAGGCAGGAGUUAAAGGAUGCUAAAGCAUUGGUUGAUGAUGCAACACAACAGCUCAAAAGAGUCGUAGAAAAUAUAGAUGAACGAACAAAGGAGAUCAAGAAAAUCAAAGACGAGAGAAAUAGAUUAAAGACUUUGGAGGACAAUUAUGAGCGGACACUUCAGGAUGAAGCAAAAGAAUUGGAACAGCUAUUGAGUAAAAGGAAUAUUCUUAUUGCUAAACAAGAUGAUUACAUGAAGAAAAUUAGGGACUUGGGUUCAUUACCAUCAGAUGCGUUUGAUACAUACAAACGAAAGAGCAUCAAAGAAUUGUAUAAAAUGCUUCACAAGUGCAAUGAACAAUUGCAAGAGUUUAGCCAUGUAAAUAAGAAGGCACUUGACCAAUAUAUCAAUUUUACUGAGCAAAGAGAGGAACUCCAGAAAAGGCAAGCUGAACUGGAUGCUGGUGAUGAGAAAAUUAGUGAACUUAUCUCAGUCUUGGAUCAGAGGAAAGAUGAAUCAAUUGAACGGACGUUCAAAGGUGUUGCUAGGCAUUUCCGAGAAGUCUUCUCUGAACUUGUUCAAGGUGGUCAUGGAUACUUGGUUAUGAUGAAGAAAAAGGAUGGUGAUCAUGGGGAUGAAGAUCAGGAUGAGGAUGGCCCUCGAGAAGCAGAGAGGGAGGGAAGGGUGGAGAAAUAUACUGGCGUAAAAGUGAAGGUUUCUUUUACUGGCCAAGGGGAAACACAGUCGAUGAAACAACUCUCUGGAGGUCAAAAAACUGUUGUGGCCUUGACACUGAUCUUUGCCAUUCAGCGAUGUGAUCCUGCUCCUUUUUAUCUUUUUGAUGAGAUUGAUGCAGCAUUAGAUCCCCAAUACAGGACUGCUGUCGGAAAUAUGAUUCGCCGCCUUGCAGACAUGGCAAACACUCAGUUUAUUACCACGACGUUUCGGCCAGAGCUUGUGAAAGUUGCUGACAAGAUAUAUGGGGUGACACAUAAAAGCAGGGUCAGCCGUGUCAACGUCGUCUCCAAGGAAGAAGCCUUGGACUUCAUUGAACAUGACCAAACUCACAAUACUGACUAGAGGUUACAGGUUAAUACAUGCUUAUAGUAGCCUGUUUAUAUUAGGUUGUAGGGAUUGCUUGUAGGUGUAGAUUAUCAAGGAGCAUGGACAGAUUGGAAUAUGAGUGCACAUCUAUUCUCUCAUUUCUUGUUUGUAUAAAGUUAAAUCUUCUGGGCCGUCCAUCUCUGUGCAAGAAUCCAUCUUGUGGGGCACUAGCCUGGUAGUAAUUUCAUGGAAAUGUCUUUCAUCAAUACAAUGUGCAGUCAGUUUGUCAAGAAAUUUGUUCUUAAUGAUUUGGUUAGCACAUA